GCAGGAGGAUGCUGCCCUGGCCAUUUGCACGGCCAGUCAUCUUGGCUGCAGCAGGGGCACCAGAGCCAUCGGGCUCUGCUGUUGUGGGAGCUCUUUUUGGCCAGCCCCUGGCAGAUCUGUGCAACCAGGAUGGCAUGCUGCCCCAGACCAUCCAGGACCUGCUGGCUCUGCUCAAGGAGCACAGCCCAUCCACAGAGGGGAUCUUCCGGCGGGCGGCCAGCGAGAGCGCCUGCCACGAGAUCAGGGAGGCCCUGGACAGCGGGGUGCUGGUGCAGCUGGAAAACCAGCCUGUGCUGCUGCUGGCUGUCUUCUUGAAGGACCUCCUCCGGAAGAUCCCCUCUAAGCUUCUCAGCACCCAGCUGUACUAGGAGUGGAUGAGUGCCAUGGAGAAGACCAGCAGGCAGGAGAGGCUGGCAGUGCUGAGAGGGUAAGUGUUGCAGCAGCCAGCAGGGACUGGCACAGGCUGGGACUCCACUGCAAAGCAGUGGCCUGCCUGAAAUAGCCAUGGUUCCUGCAAGCAACCUCCUGCUGCUGUGGAGUUUAUGUUUGGGGGAAAAGAGGCACUGAAAAGCUUUACUCUGCAGGGAGUACUUCCCACAGGUGGUG